CGGACCCAAAUACUAACGCGUUUGCGCUGUGCUCACAAGGAAGUGCGGAAAAUUGGUGCACCCUUUUCAGCUGAGUUGGCUCAUAUAAGAAGCUGAUGAUUUCCUGUCCUUUUCAUUUAUACAACCCUAAAUAAAUUGUCCUCACAGUGGGACGUAGUAAUUGGCCACGGGCGCCACACGUAACACCUUUGAAAAUGCCCCGGAGAAAGAGGACAGCGGGCAGCAGCUCGGACGGGACGGAGGACUCGGAUUUUUCCGCCGACCUCGAACACACGGAAACAACCGAGAGCGCGCACCGGCGCAGCAGCGCGCGCCUGACCCGCGCGUCACUGCGCCUCAGCCGCGGCUCACGAGAUAACUGCAGCUCGGUACGGAGCAGCUCUCCUGCGGCCACCGGUCCAGACGAAAGCCCAGAUUCUGCUGCAGAGACGGCGGCGGCGGUGGCGGCAGUGGCAGCGUCUGUCUUCUCCUCCGGGCGCAGGAUCACACGCAGCCAGCAGGGGGCGACAAACACCGUCGCCAAAACAUACCCACUGCGUCAGAGCAGGUCAUCUGGCUCAGACACUGAGGCUAAUGGUGAGAGCAGUACAGACCUGAAGCAGGGGGCGGACCGGGACGAGACCCCUCCCCGGACCCCGACAGGUAACGCCCCGUCGUCAGAGUCCGACAUCGAUGCUUCCAGCCCCAGCAACGACCUUGUGUCGUCUAGCAACGACAUUGUAGUGUCGCAAGAGGAGGACGAGAGACUGGCCAAAGAGCUGUCGCUCAAAGAGGCCGCCGCCCACGACCUCUCCCACCGGCCUAAACGACGGCGCUUCCACGAGAGCUACAACUUCAACAUGAAGUGUCCCACACCCGGGUGCAACUCCUUGGGUCAUCUAACAGGGAGGCAUGAGAGACAUUUCUCCAUAUCGGGAUGCCCUCUCUACCACAAUCUCUCUGCUGACGAAUGCAAGGGCAAGGCAUCGACGCGCGACAAACAGGCCGAGGAAAGGACGUUGUCACACCGCCAGGACGAGAACAGACACUCCACAAGAAACCAGGCCCCGUCGGACCGCCAGCUGCGUUACAAGGAGAAGGUGACGGAGCUGAGGAGGAAGAGGAAUUCUGGUCUCAAUAAGGAACAGAAGGACAACCACGUGGAGCACCGUCAGAGCCACGGAGCGAGCAGGGAGCCGCUGCUGGAGAACAUCACCAGCGACUACGACCUCGAGCUGUUCAGGAAAGCGCAGGCACGUGCCUCGGAGGACCUUUCAGAAAACCCUCCUCUGCAGCCACAGGAGGAGUCUGAGAUAUUUUUGGAGAAACUUCGGCUGGCCGGCCAGGUGUCAGAGGGCAGCAACAUGAUAAAGACCAUUGUUUUUGGCCGCUACGAGCUGGACACGUGGUACCAUUCGCCGUACCCGGAGGAAUACGCUCGCCUGGGGAGGCUCUACAUGUGCGAGUUCUGCCUCAAGUACAUGAAGAGCCAGACCAUUCUGCGCCGGCACAUGGCCAAGUGUGUGUGGAAGCACCCGCCAGGUGACGAGAUUUACAGGAAGGUGAACAUCUCUGUCUUUGAGGUGGACGGAAAGAAGAACAAGAUCUACUGCCAGAACUUGUGUCUGCUGGCAAAGCUCUUCUUGGACCACAAGACACUAUAUUACGACGUAGAACCUUUCCUCUUCUACGUCAUGACCGAAGCCGACAGCACAGGGUGCCAUCUGGUGGGAUACUUUUCCAAGGAGAAGAACUCUUUCCUCAACUACAAUGUGUCGUGCAUCCUCACCAUGCCGCAGUACAUGAGGCAGGGCUACGGCAAGAUGCUCAUAGACUUCAGUUACCUGUUGUCCAAAGUGGAGGAGAAGGUGGGCUCACCUGAGCGCCCCCUGUCCGACCUGGGCCUCAUCAGCUACCGGAGUUACUGGAAGGAGGUGCUGCUGCGCUACCUGAAUAACUUCCAGGGCAAAGAGAUCUCCAUCAAAGAGAUCAGCCAGGAGACGGCGGUGAACCCAGUGGAUAUCGUCAGCACGCUGCAAUCCCUCCAGAUGCUGAAAUACUGGAAGGGAAAGCACCUUGUUUUAAAGAGACAGGACCUCAUUGACGACUGGAAGGCCAAGGAGACCAAGCGCGGCAACGGCAAGACCAUCGACCCCAAAGCCUUAAAAUGGACACCGCCUAAAGGGACGUAGAUGAGCCUCCAUCACACUACAAACCCAGAAACACACACAGACACACACACUGACACAGAUACUCCACCGCACGCUCACAGACCCUGAGCCCACACACUCUGUACAAAAGCCUCUCCGCGUCCACUCGUGUCGGCUGUUAACUCUGGGUUCAGAAGUCAAUGUCACGGCUCGGCGUGAGACACCAAUACGCCGACUGUUUAAGCAUUAAAGGGAACGCAUCAGGAUUCUGUCAGUCAGGGUUAGUUUACGGUUUUGAUUUGAAGCAAAUUAAAAAAAUAUAAAUAUAACAACUUAAAAUGUCCCUAAAUAGUUUUUAGGAAA